AUGAAUGGAAUUUCGCUCGCCGGGGCCAUCCCGGAGCCAGGAUCCAAAUCGACCGUGUCGCUGACGGCGGACGUGUCGGUGAAAAACCCCAACACGGCGAUGUUCAAGUACAGCAACACGACGACGACUUUGUACAUCGGGGAGACGGUGGUCGGGGAGGCGAGAGGACCGUCGGGGCAGGCCAGGCCGCAUCGGACGGCACGGAUGAACAUAACCGUCAACAUCAUUGCCGAACUGCUGCUGUCGAACAUCAACGUCAGCGCCGGGACGCUGCAGUUGAGAAGCUUUUCGAGGAUUCCGGGGAGGGUGAAGAUGUUGCAUUUUAUAAGGAAACAUAUUGUUGUGAAGAUGAACUGUACGGUGGUUAUCAAUGUGCUGAGCCGAUCGAUUGAGGAUCAGAAAUGCAUGAAGAGGGUGAAGCUAUAGAGUUUCAAUAACGGCGGCCAAUGGUGAAUUGCUUUUGAUCAAUGGUGAGGAUUUGUGGGUUUUGUUUGAUCAUGGCUUGCGAUAUAUUGUAUGUACUAUCUCUAAUACUUCAAUAAAAAUGUUUUUAUUUUUUUA